UGUCCUCAUUGGUAUGAGUGAAAUCAUGGUUUGGUGUUAAAUAGGUCUUUCUGCUGUCAAUAAUUCUGAGUUUUCUGCACAAUGUCUUUCCUGUGGCUGCUGUCCUGCGUUGCCUUCAUUAGUGCAGCCUAUGGCUGUGGCAUUCCUACCAUUCCUCCUGUUGUCAGUGGCUAUGCCCGCAUUGUGAAUGGUGAGGAGGCAGUCCCUCACUCCUGGCCCUGGCAGGUCUCUCUGCAGGACUUCACUGGCUUCCACUUCUGCGGUGGCUCUCUGAUUAAUGAGUACUGGGUUGUGACUGCUGCUCACUGCAGUGUGAGAACUAGUCACCGUGUGAUCCUGGGAGAGCAUAACAAGGGGAGCAGCAACACUCAGGAGGACACGCAGACUAUGAGAGUGUCAAAAGUAUUCACCCACCCUCAGUGGAACUCUAACACCAUCGAAAAUGACAUUGCCUUGAUCAAGCUGACUGCCCCCGUCUCACUGAACGCCCAUGUGUCCCCCGUUUGUCUUGCUGAGACUUCAGAUGACUUUGCCCCUGGCAUGACUUGUGUAACUUCUGGCUGGGGAGUGACCAGAUACAACGCUCUGUUCACACCUAAUGAGCUUCAGCAGGUUGCUUUGCCUCUGUUGUCAAACCAGGACUGUAAGAGCUACUGGGGAAGCAACAUCCAAGAUACAAUGAUUUGUGCAGGUGCUGCUGGUGCCUCCUCUUGCAUGGGUGACUCUGGUGGUCCUCUGGUUUGUCAGAAGAGUGAUGUCUGGACUCUGGUGGGUAUCGUGUCCUGGGGAAGCAGCCGCUGUGACACCACUAUUCCUGGUGUGUACGCCCGUGUCACUGAGCUCCGCAGCUGGGUGGAUGAGAUUCUGGCUUCCAACUAAAGAAGCAAAAUGAAUAGAUAUUCCUUGACAUCACUGAACAACAUAAUUUUGAGAGCUACUCAAAACUGAAUAGCAGUGGUUUCACCACAGUUAAGGGGUAAUGUUAAAACCAGCCUAACUGUGGACAGCUAUGAGAGGCUUAUUACUGUUAGUUCAAUAAAUAUAUACAACAUA